CUUCUUUCCUAAACAAUUUCUACCCCUCAACGAAAAACAAAAAUCUUCUCUUUUUCCAAUUUCAAUGCUGGGUACCGCUAUCCUCCCUGCAAAACCCUGCUUUCUCCCUCUACAUCAAUCCCUCCGCCGCCAGAUGUUCGUGCGCGCCUCCGUGGCCUCGGUGGCGCACCCCUCGGCGGCGCCGGACAGAAGGUGCCUCUACGAGGUCCUCCGUGUCAGGCGAAACGCGUCGCCGGUGGAGAUCAAGACGGCGUACCGCACGCUCGCCAAGCUGUACCAUCCCGACGCGACCUCGAGGUUCCUCGAUUCGUCCGCCGCCGCGUCGUCGUCGGACGGCGGAGAUUUCAUCGAGAUCCACAACGCGUACGCGACCCUGUCGGAUCCCGACGCGAGGGCGGCGUACGACUUCAAUUUGAACGUUAAUUCGCAGCGCCGGUUUAGCACCGGUGGGUACCGGAGUCCGGGUCGGGGCAGAUUUCAAUCGACCCGGAGAUGGGAAACGGAUCAGUGCUGGUGAUGUGGCCACUAUAUACGUUGCUUAUUAUCUAUGUAUCAUGUGCCAAUUGCUGAGGAAAAAAAUCAAAUUACUGUGUAAAUUCAUUCAUUGCCUUCUUUUGUUUAUUUUCAUUUUUUAUUUUCAAUUUUAGGGAAAACUUAGCAUUGUAGUUGAAAAUGUGGAUGAUGAGAGAAUUCUUGUGGUUGUAACCAA